CAUUGACUUUUGCAACUUCCUUUCGCCCCCCUUCCUAAAUCACUUCAUUUAUUUUAUGGCUAUCCUCUUCCUCCGUGUAAUAAAAAACGCUUUUAUUCACACAAAAACUCGUCUUCCUCAACCUUCUACUUCUACUAGUGGUAGAGGCCAUAUCGUGGUUGCAAACGUAAUUUAGAAGUCAUUGCUUCCAUAGCAUCUAAAUGUUAUUCAUUUGGUUCUUAUUAUUCUCCUACAUGGUUACAACUUCAACUUCACUAGACAGUUUAGCAAUGGGUCAAUCUAUCAGAGAAGGUGAUACUUUGGUUUCAGCAGGUGGAAUUAUUGAAGUGGGUUUCUUCAGUCCAGGAAAUUCAACAAGAAGAUACUUGGGUAUAUGGUACACAAAUGUUUCCCCUUUCACUGUGGUUUGGGUGGCUAACCGAAACACACCUCUUGAGAAUAAAUCAGGAGUUCUCAAACUCAACGAAAGAGGGAUUCUUGUGCUUCUCAACGGCACAAACAACACCAUUUGGAAAUCCAAUAUAUCCACCAAAGCAGUGAAUAAGAAUAAUCCAAUUGCUCGUCCAUUAGAUACGGGUAAUUUUGUAGUCAGAAAUGGAGAAGGAACUAACGAUGACAAUAUCUUGUGGCAGAGUUUUGAUUAUCCUGGUGACACAACGCUGCCGGGAAUGAGACUUGGAUGGAACUUGGAGACUGGUCUAGAAAGAACUAUAUCUUCUUGGAAAAGUGUUGAUGAUCCUUCUGUGGGAGAAUAUUCUGGAAAAAUAGUUCUCAGAGGGUACCCUCAAUCGUUUGAAUUCCAGGGAACUCGUAUAAUAACUAGAGCAGGGUCAUGGAAUGGCUUGUCUACUGUUGGAAAUACGGGUCCAUCUCGUGAAACGACGCAAAAAUUUGUGUUGAAUGAAAAAGAGGUGUAUUAUGAGUACGGGCUUCGUGAUAGCUCGGUCUUCUGUGUAGUUACACUGAUCCCUUCGGGCAAAGUGCAGACUUGGUAUUGGACAACUCAAAGUAGAAACCGGCAACUCGUCUCAACUGGGGACAGAGAUCCAUGCGAUCAAUAUGCUUUUUGUGGUGCAAAUGGUGUAUGCAACUAUGAAGGUAACAUUCCAAAUUGUGAAUGCAUUAGAGGGUAUGCUCCCAAGUCUACUGAUCAGUGGAAUAUAGAAAUUUGGUCCAAUGGAUGUGUUCCAAGGAAUAAAUCAAAUUGCAAAAACAGUUACACAGAUGGCUUCUUGAAGUACACCAACAUGAAAAUACCAGACACAUCUUCAUCAACGUACAAUACAACCAUGAACCUUGAAGAGUGUAAGAAUUCGUGUAUUAAAAACUGUUCUUGUACAGCAUAUGCAAGUUUAGAUAUUCGAGAUGGAGGAAGUGGGUGUCUGCUUUGGUUUAAUAAUCUAGUUGACAUGAGGAAAUUCUCUCAACGGGGACAAGACUUGUAUAUCAGAGUCCCUGCUUCAGAAUUAGAUCAUGCUGGCCAUGGAAACAUGAAGAAAAAGAUAGUAGAAAUCACAGUUGGGGUGAUUAUUUUCGGAUUAGUCAUAACUGCAUGCAUAUUCAUGAUAAAAAAUCCAGGGGCAGCAAGAAAACUUAUCAGCAAGCAUUACAAAAUUAAACAGAAAAAAGAAGAUGUUGAGUUGCCAACUUUCAAUUUGUCAGUCUUAGCUAAUGCUACUGAAAACUUUUCAAUCAGAAACAAACUUGGAGAAGGUGGCUUUGGACCAGUUUAUAAGGGCACACUGAUAGAUGGACAAGAGUUAGCAGUGAAAAGGCUUUCAAAGAAAUCAGGACAAGGGUUAGAAGAGUUCAAAAAUGAAGUAGCAUUGAUUGCAAAACUUCAGCAUCGUAAUCUUGUAAAGCUUCUUGGUUGUUGCAUCGAAGGGGAAGAAAAAAUAUUAAUUUAUGAAUACAUGGUGAACAAAAGCUUGGACAAGUUUGUUUUUGAUGAGACCAAAAGGAAUUUGCUAGAUUGGGAUAAGCGUUUCAACAUUAUUAGUGGCAUAGCUCGAGGACUUUUAUAUCUUCAUCAAGACUCUAGGUUGAGGAUUGUUCACAGAGAUCUUAAAACUAGCAACAUUUUACUAGACGCAAAUUUGGAUCCCAAAAUAUCAGACUUUGGCUUGGCUCGAUUAUUUGUAGGAGAUCAAGUUGAGGCAAACACAAAUAGGGUGGCUGGAACAUACGGUUACAUACCUCCGGAAUAUGCUGCACGUGGACAUUUCUCAAUGAAAUCAGAUGUCUUUGGUUAUGGUGUGAUAGUACUAGAGAUUGUGAGUGGGAAGAAAAACAGAGAAUUUUCAGACCCAGAAAACAACAAUAAUCUUCUUGGCCAUUCUUGGAGAUUAUGGACUGAAGAGAGGACAAUGAAACUACUGGAUGAAGUGUUAGAAAAACAAUGUGUAUCCUCAGAAGUCAUACGAUGCAUACAAGUUGGCCUACUAUGCGUGCAACAAAGACCAGAAGAUAGGCCAAACAUGUCAUCUGUUGUUUUAAUGUUGAAUGGUGAUAAGUUACUGCCAAAGCCAAAGGUUCCUGGUUUUUACACCGAGAUAGAUGUUACAUCUGAAGCAAAUUCUCCAUCGGAAAAUCACAAAUUAUGCUCAGUUAAUGAACUGUCCAUCACAUCAUUAGGUAGAAGUCAUUGCUUCCAUAGCAUCAAAAUGUUAUUCAUUUGGUUCUUAUUAUUCUCCUACAUGGUUACAACUUCAACUUCACUAGACAGUUUAGCAAUGGGUCAAUCUAUCAGAGAUGGUGAUACUUUGGUUUCAGCCGGUGGAAUUAUUGAAGUUGGUUUCUUCAGUCCAGGAAAUUCAACAAGAAGAUACUUGGGUAUAUGGUACACAAAUGUAUCCCCUUUCACUGUGGUGUGGGUGGCUAACCGAAACACACCUCUUGAGAACAAAUCAGGAGUUCUCAAACUCGAUGAAAAAGGGAUUCUUCUGCUUCUCAAUGCUACAAACAGCACCAUUUGGAAAUCCAACAUAUCUAGCAUAGCAUUGAAUAGUUCAACUGCUCAUCCAUUGGAUUCGGGAAAUUUUGUAGUGAGAAAUGGACAGGGAACUCACGAUGACAACAUCUUGUGGCCGAGUUUUGAUUAUACGGGUGAUACAUUGUUGCCAAUGAUGAAACUUGGAUGGAACUUGGAGACUGAUCUAGAAAGAUAUCUAUCAUCUUGGCAAAGUGUUGAUGAUCCUGUUGAGGGGGAAUAUACUCAAAAAAUUGAUCUCAGAGGGUACCCUCAAUCAAUUGAAUUCCAGGGAACUCAUAUAAUAACGAGAGCAGGGUCAUGGAAUGGAUUGUCUAAUGUUGGAAAUACGGGUCCAACUCAUGAAAUAUCGCAAAAGUUUGUGUUGAAUAAAAAAGAGGUGUAUUAUGAGUACUGGCUUCGUGAUAGAUCGGUCUUCUGUGUACAUACACUGACUCCUUCGGGCAAAGCGCAGACUUGGUUUUGGACAACUCAAAGUAGAAAUCGGCAACUCGUCUCAACUGGGGAAAGAGAUCCAUGCGAUCAAUAUGCCUUUUGUGGUGCAAAUGCUAUAUGCAACUAUGAAGGUAGCAUUCCAAAUUGUGAAUGCAUUAGAGGCUAUGCUCCCAAGUCUUCUGAUCAGUGGAAUAUAGCAAUUUGGUCCAAUGGAUGUGUUCCAAGGAAUAAAUCAAAUUGCAAAAACAGUUACACAGAUGGCUUCUUGAAGUACACCAACAUGAAAAUACCAGACACGUCUUCAGCAAGGUACAAUACAACCAUGAACCUAGAAGAAUGUAAGAAUUCGUGUAUUAAAAACUGUUCUUGUACAGCAUAUGCAAGUUUAGAUAUUCGAGAUGGAGGAAGUGGGUGUCUGCUCUGGUUUAAUAAUCUAGUUGACACAAGGAAAUUCUCUCAACGGGGACAAGACUUGUAUAUCAGAGUCCCUGCUUCAGAAUUAGAUCAUGCUGGCCAUGGAAACAUGAAGAAAAAGAUAGUAGAAAUCACAGUUGGGGUGAUUAUUUUCGGAUUAGUCAUAAGUGCAUGCAUAUUCAUGAUAAAAAAUCCAGGGGCAGCAAGAAAACUUAUCAGCAAGCAUUACAAAAUUAAACAGAAAAAAGAAGAUGUUGAGUUGCCAACUUUCAAUUUGUCAGUCUUAGCUAAUGCUACUGAAAACUUUUCAAUCAGAAACAAACUUGGAGAAGGUGGCUUUGGACCAGUUUAUAAGGGCACACUGAUAGAUGGACAAGAGUUAGCAGUGAAAAGGCUUUCAAAGAAAUCAGGACAAGGGUUAGAAGAGUUAAAAAAUGAAGUCGCAUUGAUUGCAAAACUUCAGCAUCGUAAUCUUGUAAAGCUUCUUGGUUGUUGCAUCGAAGGGGAAGAAAAAAUAUUAAUUUAUGAAUACAUGGCGAACAAAAACUUGGACAAGUUUGUUUUUGAUGAGACCAAAAGGAACUUGCUAGAUUGGGAUAAGCGUUUCAACAUUAUUAGUGGCAUAGCUCGAGGACUUUUAUAUCUUCAUCAAGACUCUAGGCUGAGGAUUGUUCACAGAGAUCUUAAAACUAGCAACAUUUUACUAGACGCAAAUUUGGAUCCCAAAAUAUCAGACUUUGGCUUGGCUCGAUUAUUUGUAGGAGAUCAAGUUGAGGCAAACACGAAUAGGGUGGCUGGAACAUACGGUUACAUACCUCCGGAAUAUGCUGCACGUGGACAUUUCUCAAUGAAAUCAGAUGUCUUUGGUUAUGGUGUGAUAGUACUAGAGAUUGUGAGUGGGAAGAAAAACAGAGAAUUUUCAGACCCAGAAAACAACAAUAAUCUUCUUGGCCAUUCUUGGAGAUUAUGGACUGAAGAGAGGACAAUGAAACUACUGGAUGAAGUGUUAGAAAAACAAUGUGUAUCCUCAGAAGUCAUACGAUGCAUACAAGUUGGCCUACUAUGCGUGCAACAAAGACCAGAAGAUAGGCCAAACAUGUCAUCUGUUGUUUUAAUGUUGAAUGGUGAUAAGUUACUACCAAAGCCAAAGGUUCCUGGUUUUUACACCGAGAUAGAUGUUACAUCUGAAGCAAAUUCUCCAUGGGAAAAUCACAAAUUAUGCUCAGUUAAUGAACUGUCCAUCACAUCGUUAGGUGCAAGAUAGAAAAGGGAUGCAAGAAAAUGUUAAGGCUUAACCUUCUAAUGUGUGACAUACCAGUAAUUUGAUUAUACAUAACUAGAGAAAGUGCUGUUCUGAGAUCCCGCUUAACAUUGUUUCAUGUAUCCAAACAAAUGUAUUAGAUAAGCAUACUAUCAAGACAAUAAUAAUUGUUAAU